AUGUUGUUGACUGGUAGAGAAACAACUCUCAAGUCGAUCUACAGGGCACCUUUAGAUUGGUUUGAAGAAAUUACAACUGGAAUGGCAGACCGUAUUCUUGUAAAUAGUAAUUUUACUGCUGGUGUUUUUCGAGAAACUUUCAAGAGAUUAUCUCACAUUGAACCAGCAGUGUUAUAUCCAACACCAAACUUUGCUUUAAUGGAUGCUGCAAGUGAACAGCCACCAUCAGAUGAAAUAAUACCUCAGAACAAGAAAUUUAUUUUCCUCUCUAUCAAUAGAUAUGAAAGAAAAAAGAACUUAGAUCUUGCUUUGUAUGCUUUCAUGAACUUAGAAGAGCAAGUCCCAAACCCUAAGGAUAUUCACCUCAUCAUGGCUGGUGGCUAUGAUGAACGAUAUCAAAACCAGGUGACAGUGUUUAUAGUUGGACAUACUACUAUAUGUGAACAGAAACUAAAGUUGAUUAACCAACUUAAUGAGUUUUUUCUUCUGCACAGCAAGCUGUUUAUUGAUGAGGCUUGGGAAGAGCAAAUCAGCAUAGAUGUUGACAUUGACACUGUUUCUCAUAAUGUAAAAGAUUCUCUUACAUCAGCUGCUGUACUCUCAAAUAGACUUUCAGAGAUCAACAAAGAAAUGGUACAGUACUUCACCGAGCAAGCCACGGCUGGUGCAGCUCACCUCAAAUUUAAUCUUAAACUGAACCAAGUGAUAGUGCCAUCCAAACUUGAUUCUCUCAUCAAACAAAAUGAAGAAACUAUUUUGGAAUUGAAGGAAAAAUUAGAAAAUGACAUUGUAGAUGAAGAUGAGGUUCUAGAAGCUGCUGACAAUUUACAUAAGUUACAAAUCCAAGAUCUGAGUGUAAAUCACAGAGAAGAAAUUGUACAGUUGGAAAUGAAUCAUAAAAAAAGUUUAUUACAACUCACGGUUUGUGUAUUUGUCUAUCUUAACUAUUUUUUUUUCAAAAGUACAUAA